CUGUGUCAGGCGUGCCCGCCAGAGGAAUGCGCGCGCCCGCGGCCCCCCCCCCCCCUCCUCGUCCUCGCAGCUCGUGUCCGGCGCUAAUUGGAGUGGAGCGCCGCUGCAGAUUAUAAAAUGUAAAUAGCCUCCAUGAAGCUUUUCCUGCGUUUAUCUCAAGUUGUCCCGCUGCUGCGUGAGUGCAGCGCGGCGGUGCCGAGGACCUGAGAAGCUGCCGGCCUGUCUGCUCACCAGCCUCAUCCCUCCUCUCCUCCCGUCAGGAUGCCAACUCAACAUCGCCUUUUCUCUUCUACUUGGAACAAGUUGAUCUCUCUCCGAAGAGGCUGAUGGGACAGCGACUGUGUGGGUUAUUGGGUUUUUGUUUUUGUUUUUGUUUUUUCUUGCAUUUCUCUCCCAGCGGGUCGGAUUCUGCUGCGUGCUGCGUCACUUGAUUUUUUUGGCCGAUUUUUAAUUUUUUUUUUUGAUUUGAAGACUUCAGUGGAGCGGCCCGGAAAAGAAGAUAUAUAGCCUACAUUUAAACAAAAAAGAAAAAAGAAAACGAGGCGAAGACGACCUGCUCGACCAAACUUAUUCCAUUUUCGUGUCCGCCUGGUUUUAUUCGGGGUUUUUUUUGUUGUUGUUUGACUUUUAUUUUCUUAAUUUUUAUUUUGUUUUAAUCUUGAGAUGUGUUCACGGUCCUGAUCUGGAAGAUUAGAGCAGAGUAUAACCGUUGGUGGCUUACAUGUAGCGGAGACAAGAGGCUGUGUGUGUCUGAGGGAUCCAUCAGAGGCUUAUAUAAGAGGAGCCGUCAUGUAUGCAGGACGCAAGAGGAGAAAACCAGUCCAGAGGGCGGUGAAGCAGGCGCCGUCUGAAGGGGCCAAGUCCAACCCGUCCAAACGGCACCGAGACCGGCUGAACGGGGAGCUGGAGCGCCUGGCCAGCCUGCUGCCUUUCCCCGAGGAGGUCACCGCCACUCUGGACAAACUCUCCAUCCUCCGCCUGAGUGUCAGCUACCUGAGGGCCAAGAACUUCUUCUCCGUCACCCUGAACGGUCGGAACGGAGCGACUCCGGCCGGCAUGAAUGAUGGCGACGGUAAAACAGCGGGAUCGGUGGAGACCAAGAUUCCUGAAGGCGAUCUUCUGCUGCAGGCUCUCAAUGGUUUUGUCCUGGUCAUCACUGCUGGCGGGAUCAUCUUCUACUCCUCACACACCAUCCAGGACUACCUGGGCUUCCACCAGACGGAUGUUAUGCACCAGAGUGUGUACGAACUGGUCCAUACAGAGGACCAGCAGGAGCUCAGGAGAAACUUGCACUGGGCUUUGAACCCUCCACCCGCUGCUGCAUCUGCCAUCACCCAGGACUCCCCCGAAGAGAUGGAACCAGACAGCAGCUCAUCUCUGGUCAGCUACAACCCCGAGCAGCUUCCCCCGGAGAACUCAUCCUUCCUGGAGAGGAGCUUUGUGUGCCGCUUCCGCUGCCUUCUGGACAACUCCUCUGGAUUUCUGGCUUUGAACAUUCAGGGCCGACUGAAGUUUCUGCAUGGACAGAGCCAGCGGCAAGAAAACGGAGGGAAGGUCCUGUCACAGCUCGCACUUUUUGCCAUUGCAACUCCUCUGCAGCCACCAUCCAUCCUGGAGAUCAGGACCAAGAACAUGAUCUUCAGAACCAAACACAAGCUGGACUUCACCCCUCUGGCCUGUGACGCAAAGGGGAAGAUAGUGCUGGGGUACACGGAGGCUGAACUUCGUGUACGAGGAUCUGGCUAUCAGUUCAUCCACGCGGCGGACAUGUUGUACUGCGCAGAGAACCAUGUCAGAAUGAUGAAGACUGGAGAGAGCGGUCUGACAGUGUUCAGGCUCUUGACGAAGGAGAAUCGCUGGAAAUGGGUCCAGGCCAAUGCCAGGCUGGUUUACAAGAACGGCAAACCCGACUACAUUAUCGCCACCCAGAGGCCUCUUUUGGAUGAGGAGGGAGGAGAACAUUUGCGGAAGCGCUCUAUGCAUCUACCCUUUACCUAUGCUACAGGAGAGGCCCUGCUCUACCAGUCCAACCAUCCCAUAGCAGGCUUUAGAGAUGGAGGCCACGAGAAAAACGGCAGUAAGUCAAAGAAGAGCCGGACUGAAAGGCUGGUGAGGGAUGGUGUGGACCCUGGUUCUCUUCUCGGGGCUCUCAUGAGUCAGGAUGAGUCGGUGUAUGUCUGCCAGCCCGCCAUGGAGCCCAAGAUGUCCUUCCACAGCAGCUUCUUUGGAGACAUAAUGGGCUUCUCUGAUUCUGAACCCUCCAGCUUGCACAGGAGCUGGGACGAGCCGAGCAAUGGUGUGCUGGGCCCUGGUAUCACACAGGCAGGACCCAGCUUUGACCCUCUGCUGGCUACUCUCGACUCCCUCUCUCUGGAUGGCCAAGGGGUUGGUGAUUCAGAAGAGGUGGGUUGUUCAAACGGCGAGCUGUUUGGGGCUCUGGAAGGGCUGGGGCUGAGUGCUGAGGACCUAGAGCUGCUACUGCUUGAUGAGCGGAUGAUUAGAGUUGAGAUGGACCCUGAGCGAGUGCCCACCUUGGAUGACUUGCUUACAAAUGAGGAGAUCCUUUCUUAUAUCUACGACUCCUUAGAGGGAAAGAUUAAUUCCUCAGAGCGUGGAGGACAGGCGCCUCCCAGUACUUCCUCAGCGACAGCCACAACGGUGUCAAUACCUGAAAGUAAUCCCACCCCUGACAAUAAUGUGCAAAUGCAGUUUCCUCACAAUAAGCCUCCCCUGGUGGAGCAGGCUCCCAUUGUCCAGCUGUCCCAGCAGAUGCAACAGCACCUCAAUAUGCGACCUGAUAAAGUGGCGCAUGACUGGGGCCAGCAGAGUAACCAUUUGCCGAAAACAACAGUGAAUGGAGACCUGCAAAAUCAAUCUAUCCCCAACGGACAAUGGACACCCCAAGGCAUUCUAGCCAGUGCAGGGAUACAACUGGAUCAUUUCAACACACAACAGACUAUUUUCAAUGGCAAGGCCUCAGAACUGGAUGGAAAGCUUCUUGAGCAGAAAACGCAUCAACGGUACCUUCAGCAGCAGCAGCAACCCAGGAUGCAGAGCCAGCGCUCACAGCAGUGCCAUGCCAAACAGAAGGCAGACCACCUCAACGGACUGUGUGAUAUCUCCAGCACAGAGCAUUCAGCAGGGAAAUCCCAGUGGCAGGCCUUUGGAUUCAGUGAAAAUCUGGGCAGCAAUGCCUGCCUUGAUAACAGCCAAAAACCUCUGACAAACACCUCACUAGAUUCUUGCAUGGAUUACAGCAUGCCUGAUAUUGACAAUGUGGAUUACACUAUUAGUGAAAGUAUGUUUGGAAGGAGUGGACAACAGCACAGGGCCGAGUCCACAGUUUCAUCAUUCCCAGGGAUGAACCAUAAUCAGCAGCAGGAGCAGAUCCCAGUUCCUUUGGCCCAGGUCAUCUCCAGCCUUUCGCAGUGCCCACCCCCCAACACCUCCCUGGAGCAGAUCUUAGGAGUGGGCAAGCCCUGCCGGCAGUUGGACCAUUUUGGCAUGGUGACCUCUGAGAUCCCUCAUGACCCCAGUCCCAAGAUGGAGAAUGGCUGCAUCCUGAACAGUACUUACCCAGGAGGCUGUGCCCUGCCCAAUAGGAACGGGGCAGUGCCCCCUACUGUCCAGAUGCCCGGCCCUGAGACUUUGUCCAGCCUCCCCGACCCACCAGCCACCGGCUUCUACCUCUGACCAGCUGACCAGACACAGUCAUGCAGCAGGACACUGUUAAUGGCCAGAAACACACAAUGACUGGACCAGCCUUAUACAUCUAGAUACACAACAAACAAAGCUGAAUAAUGUAGGCCUAUAUGUUUUUCUUUCGUUCAUUUUGAAUUUAUAAGAUUUCUUUUUUGUGUGUGGGGGGAGGGGAGAUCAAUGUGUUGUAUUUCAAGUCAUAUUAUCAUACGAGUCCUUUGUUUACAAUAAUGCAGUGAAGAGUGCUCAGUUGAGUUUAUUUUAAGUAAUAAAGAGAGGUAAAUAUGAGUUUCUAAGGAUGAGUUCUACAAAUCUGCGUUCAGAUACAAUACGACACACUAUGUAGAGCCAUAGGAAACAGGAGUUAUGGCGAGUUCUGUGUAUUUUUGGGGGGUCAGUCCCAAUUAUUCAAUACUGAUGUUUAAAAAAACACAAUACAGCUUUUAGUCCUUGUGGGAUUUAAUGAUAUUUUAUGUCCAGUAAAAGGGCAAUAUAACACAAGGAGGAGAUGUCUCAAAGAUGUUCUAUUUACUGAGUUAAUAUUUGGUGCUAUUGGUAGAUAAAUUAUAAAUACAUCCCCGGUGGAGGCUAUUGCUUGUAUUGGAUUAAAGGAACAGUUCACCCAAAAAUGAUACAGCAGCCAUUUUCUCCUCAACCCCAUGCUGAUGGAAAGUCGGGUGAAGUUUCUUAGUCCACAAAACAUUUCUGGAGCUUCACAGCAAAAUAGCGUUGCAGCAAUCCCCCAAGCAACUGUAGUAGUCGGAGACUUGUUUUAACACGUAGAACAACAGCCAGGCUAACACAUGCAGACAUACUGAGGUGAAAACAGGUCGUUGUAUGUCUCCACUUUGUGAAUGUACAGAAACAGGAGCAGAAAUCAGGAGGACAGGACUUUAAGUAUCCGAUCAAGCAUCAGAUGCAGUUCAUUGUUGUUAUUUUGUUAAAUAUUGAAUUUGUUUUUUAGGUUAUUUGAUUCGCUUUGUAUCUGAACGCACCAUAAAACACACACUCCGUGACGUGACAACAGUUGUUUUUUGUUUUUUUUGUCACUGGCAGUCGACAGGACUUCAGCAUCGCUCAGAGUUUUUCCAUCAUGCUACAAGAAUGUAAUCUUUUCAGUGUUCAGUGAUUUCUUUGUUGAACGGUUUUCACUUGUCAACAAUGAGAUUAAUCCAUAUAUGUUUGGAAAAAAGUAUAGAAUUUAUGGUUAGAUAUAUACUGCACUUUAUUUCAAGCACCCAAUUAAUGCAGAUCUGUAGUCGGGGACACUGGAGUUGGAAAACCAACAGACCCUGUUUUGUUUUCUUCUUAUUUUGAGGUACAUUUCAGGUGAUGGGUUAAUGUCCUCACGAGCACAAACACUUCUGUACAACUGUUACUGACAUCAUUUUUUUUUUUUUUUGUCUUUCUCCACUUGAAUUAUUAUUUUGUCGUUGUUCUUUUUUUUUAUUUUGGUCAUUGUUAAAAAGUUUAACUGACUCGACUGAUAAGAGGAGUUUUUUAAUUUCCUGUAUUUAUUCAUGUCCUACAGCAAGAAAGCAUUCUUGAUUGUUUUGAAGUUGAUGUGUACGACAUUCCUCUCAUGGUUUGUCAUCCUCUUGCGAAGCGGUGGUUGCACUUGCUCUCUCUCCUGAGGGAAUCAGUAUAAUCAUUCUACUGCGAACCCAGACACAUCACAGUGCGGUCAAAAGCGUGGUUUUAAAGGAACAGUCUGACAUCUUGGGAAAUCCUUUUGUCUGUGGUCUUAUUCAGAGCUGAUAGAGGGAAGAUUGAUACGAAAACUUGCUGGACACGCAGAAAUGAAUUAUAUCCAUCCUCUCCCCUGACUUGCAUCUUGAAAAGGAAACGUAUGGUUGUGUCAAAAUGAGUUUCCGAUGCAUUGCCAGUAUUUCAUUACACAUGAUAACAUCCGCCUAACAAUGUGAGUGAAAGGUUUUGGGUUUUUCCCCAUAAUACUUACAUGACUGCAUGCACUGGAGCUCCAAAAGUUUGAGCACAACCUGCUGACUCAUGUUAAUCCCAUUAUGAUUGUGUUUAAAAUACAACACAUGACAGUCAGGACACCUCUCUCUUCUUUCGUCUUCUAACAGUUUGUGCAAAAGCUUUGAGGCGUUCUUUCCUCUCCUGUGAUUAACCCCACUGAACAUAUAUUGGGGCGCGACACAGCAUUCUGUGACAUCACGUGAGGCUUUGUGGAACGCCCAGAUCACGGUGGGAAAGCAUGAGUCAGCAGCAGUAUGAAUACUUGUGGGGUCCAUGUCAGCUCACGUCCAUGAUGUCAUAAAGCAAAAGGGGAACUCAACUCAAGACUCAACCUGUGUCAAGGCCAGUCAAAUUGUUAAGCUGAUGUUAUUAUUUGUGAGAAAUAAAAAUAGCAUUACAUUCAACACCAAUGCAAAGUAGUGAUUAGACUAGUGGACUUUUUGACCCCAUGCUACCGUACGCCCCCAAAAUGUGAGAGCUUUCCUUCUACAUGGUGAAAAUAAUGGUGAUAUAUCAGGUCAGUAGUUUCAAGUCUGCACAGCAUCUUAGAGCAGUUACAGAAUGGCAAACAGUGAAAAACCAAAUGUGAGUAUUAAAAAGAGAUCUCUACUGGAAGGAUACAGUUCUGAAUGUUUCUUGUACAUAGCAAAAUGACUGGAACAUGAUGCAGAGUAGAAUUAUUUCAUCAUGAAGAGACGCUGAAAAGAGAUUUCCAUUUAAUUGUUCAAAUAAUGUCAUAACUAUUGGUAUUAAUAUUAUUGUUAAAUGUUUUAUGUUGAAAUGUGAGACACAUGUGGUUACAUGUCAUUCGAACUUCUUUCCCUUUUUCUUUUUACUGCAGCAGACAUAUUUGCUAUAUUUAAUAUGAUCGAUGUGACUUAUUAACAAUGUGAAAAACCAUAUGUAUAUAAAGGCAAACAAAUACAGGUAUGUACAUAGUUUUACGUCAAGUCACUCGUUUCAAGCACUAUUUUUAAGACACGCUUAUCAAACUCCUUUGUCGAUUCUUUUUUUUUUUUUUUUUUUUUUCUGUUUUGUUUUGUAAAUUGUAAAUAGUACUCUCAUCACAGAACACUGGACUCUAUGACAGCCUGGAAAUGGUGCCAUACUACUGAGACUUGUUUAAUAGGCUCUAAUGUUGGAGAGUUUCAUUUUGUUUUCUGUUUAGCCACGGUAACUUUUAACAUGCUAACAGGACAAGGUGUAGAUGUCGCAGAUUUGACCCGUGUCCUUUGACUGCUUGUUUCAAUUGUUUGAUUUUUCGUCCUUUGAUAAAUAAAGGAUUUCUUCAAUCACAGAAAAAAGAAAAAAAAAAAAAACACAAAACACAAACUUCUUGCAAAGCAUAUAACUCUGACCACUCAUACGGUACGUCUCUCUCUCUGAGCCCUCCAGUUUUGUAUUCACUCGGACAGCAGACAGCAGGGGUGUCCAACCUUUGUCAGUGACUCCCUACCGUGGACCCCUGACAUGUAAAGGUGCUAUGUGUAGCAUUUUAACGUCAAUAAAUCAUUACCACA